GAGUCUACAGUUGGUUAACACCAACCCCAAAACACCGGAUAACUCGGCUGCUAAUCGGACCUCGCUCUUGUCUGGUGGAGAUGAGUCUUCGAGCUUUCUGUCCAGAAUUGUUUAAUAUUGGAGUUCCCUUUACUUAAGUGUCCCGUUCAGAGUUGGAACUGGGAAUCAAAGACAACUGCACCUGUCGAUGAAUUUUAACUGUUUACUUGGUGACCAAACGAAGCCAACUAUCGAUGCCGUCAGGGUGCACUGUGCCUAAUGAUACCGUAAUUGGGAAAGGAAGCAUUUGGACCAGUUAAUCUAUGUUGCUGCUUGUUGGACUGAAGACACGAGCAACACUUUUACAUGGAAUCGAAAGUGAAGAACGCUGGGGCAAUGUGGGAGAAAAAGCGUGCAGAUGAGACGGGCACAUUUCAAGAACGGUGCACAAGAGGAAGCUCCAGUGCCGAAGCCAUUGCCGAAGCUGACAUCAAGCACAGCGUACAGGCAAUAAUACGGGAACUAGACCGAACAAAUCCAGCAUUCCAGUGCAGUCGAGGGAUGUUUAGGUGGACAUUGCAUAAGAAGACUGAACGAGACCCGAACAACAGCAAAUAUCUGGUUAAUAUUCUAAUGGGUGAACUGGAGCUGGCAAAAGAUGACAAUAAGCACUACAUUUUACCGUUACUGAACACCCUAAUGUAUGCGAUUAUUCAGGCUGCGUACAUUCCUGAUAAUCUUUACGAAAAAGCAUAUACAUUUUGCAAAGGUCUCCUCUCCUUACCGAAGCCCUACUGCACAAUCGGCCAUCAAUAUGCAGUCAUGUUAAAGGCAGAGAGAAAAGCACCAGGUCUUUUAUACCAAAGGCUCGUUAUUUCCGAGCAUGGGCUCAAAAAUGACACAUUUUCACACCGAGAUAAGAUUUUCAUCUUUGCUGAUCCCGACCUUAUCUCUGAAGAAGUCAUCAACGCUCUUCGCCAUGAGAUUCACUCUGUGAGUCUAAAUGAUACAUCUGCUCUUUAUAUGUGUCACAUUAUUAAGCACAGCAUCCAAGCAACACUGGGAGAGAACUGCAACAUCAGUAACUUGGAUGUAGCAUUACAGAAUAAAGCCUACAAUGUGAUCGAGCACUAUUUCCAGGAAGUGGUUGCUAUCACAGAACAAUCAUAUUAUUCUUCAGAGGACAUUGCUGUAGCCCACAGGAAGCACAGUAGCAAGUUGCAAGAAAUCUACAACAUAAUAACUAGCCCUGCACAACAAGUGACUCCUUCCAGUGAAGGUCUCCAGAACAUUCCACUGCCAAAUCCAGAUAUCAGUUUUUUUAUGUGGAAAGAUGACGACCUCCUUUGGAAGGAAUUGGUGCGUUUUGUUAGAAAUCAACUUGACUCUGGCCAGGAUUUCAUUAACAGUGACUCAGACACUUCUGAGAUAAGUGAGUCAACGCACGGUCACGACAUUGAGCAAACAAGAUUGUCGAUCCUAUCAACGGACAGUGGGAUAGUUAGAGACUGUGGUGAUCCAACUACUGGGAAUGACACAUCACCUUCAAGGUCCAGUGAAGGAAACCAGGCCAAGCUCUCCAGAAAAGGCUGUGUGAAGAAAAGAAACCAAGACUCAGAAAAUGCACUGUUUCUUCCGGAACUCUAUGAUAGUACUGCCACAAGCAGUGAUAUGAAUCUUCAUCGAAGGUCGGAUUGCAAUACCAUGUCAUUCAGCAUCAAACAACUAAAGCCAAACACUGCCCGAGUGGUAGUCUUUGGAAACGACUGCAUUUUGGGAAGAUUAGCAAAGGCUUUUCAUUCCUUGAGGAAAAGAGAAGCAAGAAGAAGUAUUCUAACUGCAAAACUAAACCUGCUGUUCUACCACAUACCUGUAACAAAUGAGAAUGAGAAUCCUGUAUCCACUGCCCAGGUCAAUCAUUUACUACAUAGUGACCUUUCUUGUGAACUGUCGAGGUACUUGGGCAGUAUAGAUCCCUGGUAUAACAGCAACAUCAACAGUCUACGCAAGAUGAUACCUGAACUGGCUAAGAUGUCAACAAUGUCUGGACAUCAAUGUGGUGCUGAUCCAUUUAUUGUGGAUGUCACAUCAUACUAUGUGCGUAUGGGAUGUCAGCCUGUUUGCUUUCAAAUCUACAGUGUAAAGCUUACCUUUUCAAAUAAAACCGAUGAAGUUGUGGAUGACGUUUUUCUAAUACAGCUUGAAGUAGGGUUUCCAGAACAGAAGCCUGUCAAAGGAGCCACGUUGGUGCGAAGGAGGGGGACAUCAGAAGGAGUGGGUGGACACAUCACAGUUACGUACAAAAGGAUCACACUGAGCAACAGGGAAAGUACAAAACAACUCGCAAGUCAUUGUACUGGUAUAGUGAUGAAAGCAGGAACUGAUGAUCUUGUUUGCCUAGACGUAAGCAUAUCGGAGAUAACAAGUAAGACAAACCUAUCUGGAAAAACAUCUUUGAUUGAAAAUGGCAAGAUCAAAACAUCUCAGGUAAAGAUUAAAAUGCAGAACAGUGGAAAAUCCAUGGUGAUUUCUCUGGACAAGGAUUCUCGAAGGGUAUACAAGGAUGUUAUCAGCGUUGAUGUGUCGCCUUGUCUGGAGCCUGGAUACAGUCUGCAUAAAAUGAGGACGUCAAAAUUUACUCAAAGCGGAACAGAAAACAUUGGAUUAGCUAAGUACAUGCCAAAAUGCCUGUUGUUACCAAUCAACACAUUUGUAGGUAUCUUGUGAGUUAAGAUAACCGAUUCAACAAUUAGUUAACUUCUUGGAGAAACUCAUGAUUUGGAGAUAGAAACAAGGAAGUGCAGAUGCUGGCAGACAAUAAAAAGAGACAAAGUGCUGGAGUAACUGAGCGGAUCAGGCAACAUCCCUGAAAGACAUA